UCACUAAGCAAGAUUAAACCUAAACCUAAUUCCCUAAUCUCUCUCCCUCUCCUCACUCUGUUGCUGCGCAGCCCCUCCCCUUUUCUUCUUCUUCCUAGUCUUUCCAACCCAAUUUCCCACCUCCCCUCCUUUUCAAUUACUUCAAGGAUUAAUUCCUAGAUAGAACUCAAUUCCCCGGGUUCUAUCAUUUGGUAUCAGAGUCUGGUUCUCGAUCAGGCAACGGAGAACAAGAUGGUGUCAACUAAAUCGAUGACUGCUGCUGAGAAGGCUGCACAAGCCGCACAAGAGAAGGCGACCACUGGAGGAGUCGCAGGCAAGACCAACGACGGCGAAGAGGAGACAAACGCGGCGGCGAUGUCGCCGAAGCCGACUCAGGCCGACACCGCGCCACCAAAGACGGCGCAGGUGAGGCAACCACCGCUGGAGGCCACCAAAGGGCGCCAAGAGGACGUGGUGGUGGACGUGACGGACGAGGAGGACUUCCGCACCCUCCUGAAAAAUGUGUUGGUCGGUCAUACUCGGGAUCAGGAAGCACGUCAAGAGGACUCUCGAGAGAUCUGGCAGGCUAUAAGAGAGCUGAGGGAGUUCAUGAUGCAGCAACAAGGGCAACCGCCUCCGUGAGCUGGGUAACAUGGGCCGAAACACCAUCCAAUAAGACUUGAGCAUUUUUUAAAUAUUAGGCUGGCCAAACUGGUUCCCAGAAGCAGGCAGGCCUCUAGUUUUCUUCUUCUUCUUCUCAUUUAGAUCAUUAAGUACAACUUCUGAAGGUCCACAGUUUGGACAAACCUUGAACAUCUUUGAAACUAUAGGUGUCAAAACAUAGCCCAACCCGAUUAACCCGGCCGAUCAACCCGACCCGCAACCCGAAUUGACUAAAAGUCAACAACACGUAACUCGCCCGACCCGCAACCCGACUGACCUGCAACCCGAUUAACCUGAGCCCGAUUGACCCGCAACCCGACUGACCCGCAACCCGAUUAACCCGAACCCGAUUGACCCGUAACCCGACCGACUCAACCCGAAAUUCAUCUAAUCCACUUGAAUAAUUAUAAAAAUAUACAAUACAUAGUUUUUCAAAAUAAAGUUUUUCAUUCUUUUUUUUUUUUGUGGUGUAAAGUUUUUCAUUCUAAACUUAAGUAAAAUUAUUUUUUCAUUUCGUAUAGGAAAUUUAAAAAAUAUGAAACUCACUUGAUAUUACGUAUUUUAAGAAAAUUACAAAAAUUGAAACAUGAAGGUCACUUGAGAUAAUGACAAUAUUAAUAUAAUAUAUAAAUUAAAAUUUUGGUUAAUUUAACUAUUCAAUAAAAUUAUCAAUUAAAUAUAAAUAAAGUAAAGUAAUGUAUUUGGUAAUUUGAUGUUUUUAAAUGAAGAGGGAAAUUUGGUUCUUUGAAUUUUUUAGAAAAGAAACAAGUGGGAAUUUUGGUGGUUUUGAUAUGUGGGAAGAGAAAAAAGUGGGAAAGUUUGAUUCUUUUGAUUAUGAAAGAGAAAUAAGGAGGGAAACUUUUGAAUUUUCAACUUUUUUGUAGAAGUAAAGAAGAGGGUAAUUUGGUUUUUUCAAUUUUAUGGAAGAGAAAGAGGAGGAAAAAUUGAGUUUUCUAAUGUAUGGAAGUAGAAAGAAGGAGGGAAAUUUAGUAUUUUUGUGAAAAGAAAGAAGGAAACAAAUUCGGUGUUUUCAAUUUUUUGGUUUUUCAUAAUUUUAGCUUUUGAAAUAUGAAUCUUUAACUUUUAUAUGGAGGGCAUGACUAGUUAAAAUUAUUCUUAUAUGCUUUGAAAAAUAAUAUAUAUAUAUAUGGUUAUGUCUUCGGUGCACUCACUUUUUUGGGUGCAUUCAAUGCACCCGCCUCAUAAUCGUCAUUCUGAGCAGGCGAUUCAUGUGAAAACGAUGUCAAUCAUCACCUGUGGUAUGAUGAACAAGAACCACAUGAAUUUGUACAAAAAUCGUUCAAGAUUCACUUUAAUUUGAAUGAUUCAGGGUUUAGGAAUUUAGUGUUAGGGUUAGAGUUUACAAUUUGGGAUUUUGGGUCGAGAUUCAAAAUUGAAGGUUAAUAGGUUAGGGUAAUGGGUUGAUUAGUUGAGAUUCUAUGUUAUAUCAUCAUAUUAGACUAAUACAACCCAUUAAAUUUCAAAAUUUAAUGUAUUAUGAUCACCCAAAAAAGUGAGUGCACUGAAUGCACCCAAAAAAGUGAGUGCACCAAAGUAGCCACCAUAUAUAUAUAUAUAUAUAUAUAUAUAUGUGUGUGUGUGUGUAUAUGUGUAUAUGUAAUUUUUUAUGGGCUAAUAAAUAAAUUAACCAUUAGUUACAACAAUUUAUACUAAACUUGAUAAGUAAUAUUUGACGGUUCGUUGUUUAGGAUAUAAAGUAUAUGGUUAGGG